CUGAUGGACCGUUGACCAACUCCCUCCUCCCUUGCUCUUCUUCCUUUGCUACUUUCUCUCUCCUAUUUCAAACCUCUCUCUCUCUCUCUCUCUCUCUCUCUCUCCAUCGGAGCUCCGUUCGCCUGCAUCGUCUCCAAUGGCGGCAUCACGCGGAGAGCCCGACCCCCGGCCUCCCCUCUCCUCCUCCUCCUCCGCGUCCGAGAUCCACGUCCGCGUCAACUCGCGCCGGGGCGCGAACGCGAUACACCCUGUGGACAUACCCACCGCGACGACCCCUCCGGCGCCGGCGCCGGCAGCCGCAACCCCGAGCCCGGUCGUGUUCCGGGAGGUGAAGCAUUUCAGGAGCUGGGUCCCGUGGCUGUUGCCGACCUUCGUGGUGGCCAACACGGUGAUGUUCGUCAUCACCAUGUACGUGAACAACUGCCCCAAGAACUCCGUCUCCUGCAUCGCCAGGUUCUUGGGCCGGUUCUCGUUCCAGCCCUUCAAGGAGAACCCCCUCCUGGGUCCUUCCUCUUCUACGCUUCAGAAGAUGGGUGGUCUAGAAGCAAGUAAAGUGGUUGACCGGCACCAGGUGUGGCUCCUUGUCACCUGCAUUUGGUUACAUGGAGGAGUUUUCCAUUUAUUGGCAAAUAUGUUGAGUCUUUUAGUUAUUGGCAUUCGGCUUGAGCAAGACUUUGGUUUUGUGCGAAUUGGUUUGCUAUACAUAAUCUCAGGAAUAGGUGGAAGUUUGUUAUCAGCUCUUUUCCUUCAGUCAAACAUUUCCGUUGGUGCUUCUGGUGCACUAUUUGGAUUACUAGGUGGAAUGCUCUCUGAACUCAUUAUUAAUUGGAGCAUUUACACCAACAAGGUUGCAGCAUUUGUGACCCUCUUGUCUAUCAUUGUGGUGAAUUUGGCUGUUGGGAUACUUCCUCAUGUGGACAACUUUGCCCAUAUUGGAGGAUUUCUUUCCGGGUUUUUUCUGGGAUUUGUCUUUCUGAUCCGGCCCCAGUUUGGAUGGGUUAGCCAAAGAUAUGCUCCCCCUGGAUAUUUGACGACUUCGGUUAGAUCCAAAUUCAAGAAGUAUCAGUGCAUCUUGUGGAUUUCCUCUCUUAUCAUCUUUAUUGUUGGGUUUACUGUUGCUCUGGUUUUGCUGCUCCGGGGUUUCAAUGCAAAUGAUCAUUGUUCUUGGUGCCAUUAUUUGUCUUGUGUCCCAACUUCAAGAUGGAGCUGCAAUUCAAAUCCGGCAUACUGCUCAUCCACGCAGUUAGGAAGCCAGCUGAACUUGACGUGCUCGACCAACGGCAAAUCCAGCACAUACACGUUGCAGAAUCCAACCGCUUCUAAGAUUCAGGGGCUGUGUUCUGAGCUCUGUUGAUUAUCGCUGUGCAGGCAUCCACCUUUCUCUUGAUUGCUGUAAAGUCAUGUCGACUUCAGGUUACUGGGUUUAUGUGAAAUUUUUUUUUUUUUUUUUUGGGGGGUUGUUUUGUAGAGACUACCUUUAGAUUACAAAUUUGAACAUUCACUUGAACCUUUAUAUUACAUGAUUUGCUAGGAGUGAUAAUUUAUUGAUUCAGUUCAGUUUUUGUGCUUGAAA